AAAACCCUAAAAUCCAAACCCUCCCUUCAAAGACAAGCCUCUGAUUUCAAAAGCAAAAAGGAAUCCUUAUUCAGAGCAGCAAUGGCGGACACUGUGAUCUCUCUCGAUAAGCUCAAAGCCUUCUGGAACUCUCAAGUCCACGAUGAAGAAAACUGGGCUCACAAUAUGAAACUGCUGCGAGCCGCCGGUUUAUUUGCUGGAUCGAUUCUUCUAAUGCGCAAUUACGGUGAUCUCAUGGCUAUAUAAGGAAUUGAGGAUUGAUUAAGAGGUUCGGAGUAAGCUCAGUUUGGAAAUGGAUGCAUCUGUUACUUUAGGAACUAUAUACAUGGUUAAUGAUGAUAUUGAAACAACGUUAGUAACUUUUUGAAGUAUGAUGCUCAUAUAUGCUUCUAAAUGUUUUGGAAUUUGAAUGAAAUGAACCCACUUCUGGAUUUAUUUUGAAUGAAAUGGAUGGCUUUCCUAA